AUCGAUCGGGCUCUGCAGCAGGAGCAGCAGGAGUCGGCGAGGCAGCGGCUGCGGGGCGAGCGGAGGGACGGGCGCGGCUCAGCCACAAGCCACAGUGGGGGUUGCAUGCUGUUUGCUCCCCUUUUGCUGCGCCACUGCCCAGAGUUGGUGAGAGGCCCUGGCCAGGGGUGCCAGGUGAAAUGGCUUCAGUGCCGGCUGGUUUGCUGAUACUCUGGCCGUUGGUUCUGCUCCUCUGUGAUCCAGCAGCAUCCAUCGAGUUCCCCAAAGGAUUUGACCGGACAAACUUACUACAGCCACCUGAAUUCACAGAGCAGCCAGAUAAGAAGAUUGUUAUUUUCCCAAAUGAUGAGGCCACCCUGAAAUGUGAGGCCACUGGGAAUCCCCCAGUGAAGUUCCGGUGGACCAGGGAUGGGCGCGAAUUUGAUCCUGAGCAGGUGCCGGGGAUGACGCAGCGGAACGGCAGAGGGACCCUGGUCAUCACGACAAACAACGGCAAUACGGCCACCAAGUUCCACGGGCGAUAUCGGUGUUAUGCCAGCAACAUUCUGGGCACUGCCAUGAGCUCCGAAAGCCAAAUUAUAGCUGAGAGUGCUCCACAGUGGCCAAAGGAGAAGGUGGCACCUAUUGCAGUGGAGGAAGGGACCCAUACGGUUUUACCCUGCAACCCACCUGAAAGUGCUGUCCCACCCAAAAUCUACUGGCUGAACAACAAGAUCGAGCAUAUCACAAAAGAUGACCGAGUCACCAUGGGCCAGGACGGGAAUCUCUAUUUUGCCAAUGUCCAGAUGAAGGACAGCCGCCCUGACUAUAUUUGCAACGCCCAUUUCCAAGGUCCUCGAAUCAUCAUCCAGAAGGAGCCCAUUGAACUAAAAGUUUUCCCCACCAACAGUUUCUCGAACCAGAAGCCAAUGCUAAUUGUACCGGAUAAGAUGCCCAACACAUACGAGGCGAAGCAGGGGGAGCCCUUGGUGCUGGAAUGCAUUGUGGCAGGACUCCCUACACCAACCGUAGAAUGGGUCCACAUGAACAGACUGAAGCUUUCGGACCGGGUAAUCUUUGAGAACUCAAAUAAAACCCUGCGCAUCCCAAGCGUGGAGGAGGAUGACGAUGGAGAAUACCAGUGCAUUGCUCACAACGACCACGGCACGAUUCGCCACAGCUACUAUGUGACAGUCGAGGCUGCUCCAUACUGGAUAAAAGAGCCCGAAAGCGAGAUCUUUGCACCAGGAGAAAGUGUGCGCUUGAACUGCGAUGUUGAUGGGGAACCCAAACCAGAGGUGUCGUGGAGAAUAAAUGGGAUCCCGCUAGAAGAGGUGAUGCCAGACCCAAGAAGGAAGGUGGUGCCGGGAGCUUUGAUUCUCAACCAAGUGCAGCCCAACGACACAGCUGUGAUCCAGUGUGAAGCCCAUAAUAAGCAUGGCAGUCUCCUGGCCAAUGCCUACAUCCUCGUUGUCCGUCUGCCAGCAGAGAUCCUGACCCCGGAUGGGUUAGUGUACAAUGUGGUGGAGAACCAGACAGCCACCCUGCACUGUGAGACUUUUGGGGCACCUCGGCCCACUGUGAACUGGCUCACAGAAGGCUUCUACUCCAUCAUGGAAGAUUACCGGAGCUUUCUAUUCACAAACGGAACCCUGCAGCUUGAGAAAGUCCAGCGUGAGGAUGCAGGGAACUUCACAUGCUUAGCUGAGAAUGAUCAGAACAAUGUCUCCAUCGUUGCCUACCUUUUUGUCAAAGGAGCCACACAGUUUGAAGUGGAGCCUACAAACACAGAAGGGGAGAAGGGUGGCCAAGUGACGUUCCAUUGCAAAGUGUUGUUCGAUGACACCAUCCCUGGUCCUGGUCUUGAGUGGCACCGAAAAGGGCAGCUGGUUAAGGAGUCCGCUGACAAUGACAAGUAUUUCAUCAAUGACACAUCCCUGACCAUCACUGACCUGGACUAUUCUGACCAAGGAAUAUACACCUGCCGGGCUUGGACAGCUCUUGACUCUGUGGAGAAAAGUGCCAAGCUUUGGGUAUAUGGCAGUCCUGGCCCUGUGUCAAAUCUGGAACUGUCGGAGCAGCAGGACUGGCAGGUGAAGUUGACAUGGACACCAGGAGAUGAUCACAACAGGCCUAUCAAGGAGUAUACUGUAUUUUGUGAUGAAAGCAACUUUGGGCAAGGAAAAAUGGAAAAGUUAACCACCGUACCAGGAAACCAGCCGUGGGCCACGCUUCACCUUUCCCCAUUCCGGAAAUACAACUUCUAUGUGAAGGCCAGAAAUGAUCAUGGGGAUAGUGUGCUGAAUUCCCACCCUGUCAGCUAUGUCACAAAUCCUGCAGCCCCCAAGCGGAAUCCAUCUGAUGUCAAAGGAAAGGGGAACGAGACUACUAAUAUGAUCAUCACCUGGACGCCAUUGCCUCGCAGGGAGUGGAACGCCCCGAUGCUGAAAUACCUUGUGCAGUGGCGACCAAGGAACCACGAGCAGUGGAACAAGGUGGAGGUGGAGCGCCCCCCUGUGGGACGGACACCCCUGUCUUCUCCCUACGAGAUUAAAGUGCAGGCGCAGAAUGGCUUUGGCAAAGGACCUGAACCGCACACCACUCUUGGCUACUCUGGGGAGGGUGUACCCGAAGCCGUCCCUGAGAAUAUGGGAAUUAUGGUAAUCAACAGCACAACCAUCAAGGUUUCCUGGAGCCUGCUUCACAGACAGAAGAUUUUCGGCCACCUCAGGGGAUUUAAGAUUUAUUAUUCAAACUUGGGGACCAUGGCAGAGCAUAGCCAUCACCAGGUCUACCUUCACCCCCACCCCCAUGGGGAUCUGGAGAUUGAAGGGGAUGUGUCUCAGGUCACUGGGGGCUUCAGGCCCUGGAGCCGGUACCGACUUCAGAUGACUGUGCUGAAUGGGCAGGCCGAGGGACCCCGCAAUGAGGCCCUGGAGUUUAACACCCCCGAGGGAGUGCCCAGUCCCCCAGCAUCCUUCCACUUGGACUGCAUCUCGGAUACGGCACUGAAACUGGAGUGGACGCCCCCCAAAUUCCCCAAUGGGAAAUUGCUGAGAUACAAGUUGGCCUUCCAGCAAGUCAACCAGACAGCCAACCAGACGGCGCUGGAAUCCACCUCCUACAGCAUCAGUGCUGAACACAAUGACUUUAACCUCACUGACCUUGCCCCCCAUACUCCCUACAAGUUGUACUUGUGGGCAGAAACCAGUGUGGGGCCAGGGGAGCCAUUUGUCCUGGAAGAGCAUGCAAUGCGUGAGUCAGUGAACCUGAGCUUUAUGAAUAUCAGUUUGGGUGAAACAGGGAAGAACUACACCACCAUCAUCUGGACCCCACGUCCCAACCAGCGAGAUGUGGAAAUCAAAGUGCAUCUUAUGAGCAAGACUGGUAAGAAAUCGUGGCGCACUGUCGGGGAUGCCAGCUCCAGCCAGGGUUCCUUCAGCAUCUCAGACUUGCAGCCAGGCCAGCAGUAUCGGGUCCGGCUUGUGAAAGCACACCGUACUGGGGAGGAUCAAACCAUAUGGGAGACAGAGGUUGAAACUAGUGGUGUUGUUCCUGAGGAUUUCCAGAAGAGCUUUGCUGCGGAAGGUUGGUUCAUCGGCUUUGUCAGCGCCAUCGUUCUCCUUAUCCUGGUUUUGGUGCUUCUCUGCUUCAUCAAGCGCAGCAAGGGCGGCAAGUACUCGGUGAAAGACAAAGAAGACACUCAGGUGGAUUCCGAGGCCAGGCCUAUGAAGGACGAGACCUUUGGGGAGUACAGGUCCCUGGAGAGUGAUAAUGAGGAGAAACCUUUCACAAGCAGCCAGCCCUCCCUGAACGGCGAAAUCAAGGCCCUGGGAAGCGACGACAGCUUGGCUGACUAUGGGGGCAGCGUGGAUGUCCAGUUCAAUGAGGAUGGCUCCUUCAUCGGCCAGUACAGCGGUCAAAAGGGCAAAGAAGGAGGGGGAAACGACAGCUCAGGGGCUACGAGCCCCACCAAUGUGGUCACUGCCCUGGAAUAAAAGAGGGGGCACUUCCCCAAAGGAUACCCCCAACCCUGG